GCUCCGCGCCGCCGCCCCGCCCCGCCCCCGGCCGCAGUCGGUGAGUGGCCGCCGUCGGGAACGGACGUUCCGCCUUGAGGCUCCGCCGCCGCCAUGGCCGAUCCCGCCGCUCAGUCUCCGUUCGUUUCUUCUUCAUCGGCCCCUUCCGAAGCAUCAGGAGCGGCCUGUACGCGGCACGGAGCGUCGGCCUGCGCCGUGCACGACCUGAUCUUCUGGCGGGAUGUGCGGAGGAGCGGGGCGGUGUUUGGCUCCAGCCUGUUGCUGCUGCUGUCCUUGGCCGCGUUCAGCGUGGUCAGCGUGGUGGCCUACCUGGUGCUGGCGCUGCUCUCGGCCACCAUUAGCUUCAGAAUCUACAAAUCAGUCCUACAGGCUGUGCAGAAGACUGACGAGGGCCAUCCCUUCAAGUCCUACCUGGAGCUGGACAUCGCUCUGUCCCCCGAGUCCUUCCAGAGCCAUGUCACUGCCGCCAUGGCCCACGUCAACCACGUGCUGCGCCUCCUGCUGCGCCUCUUCCUGGUGGAGGACCUGGUGGACUCCCUGAAGCUGGCCGUGGCCAUGUGGCUGAUGACCUACGUGGGAGCUGUCUUCAAUGGCAUCACCCUCCUCAUCCUUGCUGAGCUGCUGGCCUUCACCCUCCCACCCGACCGCCCCCCCUCUAAUGAGAGAAUAAGGUGCAAUUGGACCACUACGUGCGGCAUGCCCGGUCCAAGCAAAGCCUCCCGGGCGCUGCGCUAA